AUCUAUUUUCCAUUCUAAUUAAAUUUGCUAUUAGUGCUAUUUUCCUUUAUCAUCAGGACUACCACAGUGAAAGUAAUCACAGUGUAUGUUUUGACGUGAAUAAUUGAACGUUAAAUUUAUUUUGUUGAAGUGAAAUAAUUUUUUCACUCGAGAUGUGUGAUGUAGGCCUACCAUAAAUAAUCUAGAUGAACACUCACAUUUUUCGGCAAAGUUAGUUAACUUAAGUUUGGUUAGUAGGAAGGAAGUGCAAUUUUCAUGUUGGCCUAAAAUUAUGCUUUUUAGGAAGUGAAUAGUUCUUGUUAAUGCGUUGGGAAAUGUACUUUAUUAGUUGUGCACCAAGAGGACACCUUACUGGCUGAUAUUCUCAGACGCAGUGUUACUGGCGAGAUGUAUGUAAAGUAUGACCUCUCGAGUGCCUCCUCUACAUGCUCAUCACAUACGUACCCCAUGGGGCGGGCCACCCUCAGAGUCAUCGUCGGACCGCACGUACCACUGUCCCGCCGACUGUUACUCAGAACCCCCCGACAGUCACUGGUACUCAGCCCCUGCACGGACGCCCAGUCCUCACUACGAUGUGAUAGAAGGCCCCCGCCCACACACACAUACACACAGUCGCGUAGGGGGAAGCAGCAGAGCUGUCACGCCCGCCAGUACCGCUCACACGCACGAACCUGCUGUGGACCCAUGCGGGGGCCAUUGCACCGCCUUCGAGAACUUCUGCCACUACUGCCUACAGGUGCUGUUCAUAGCUGGUAUCCUGACAGGAAUAUCCCUGACCAUCGCAGGUAGUGUGCUCAAGGGACAGAAGAGAGGAGGAGACCUCAUGGUGCUGGUGUAUAUAGGCUGCCUUACUGCUAUGGUGUGUACACUACUUCUGUCAGUGCAGUGCUGUGUCAGACGCAAUGUGAAGCGUCGCAAGCGAGCACGUCGCGGCGGAGGCAUGGCAGGUGCUAUACCUCUGCAGGAGCUGCCCCCAUCUGCUCCCACAGCAGCUCCGCUAGCCCCGCCUGUGCUAGCCAUGCCCGGCCAGUACGAGCCGUUAUUGCGGAGACUAGUGGAGCAGCAUGACCAAAGAUAUGUUCCUCAGGUCGUAGGACCGGCUGCAAGAGCGGACCGCAGUGGCACACCGUGGUGGAGACGGAACCCUCCGCAAACUCGGCAGUUGCCUCAUUCACACAUACAGAUGCCUCUAUGAUAUUGGUGCUUACGAUUACUGCUGCGAUAUAUAUGUUGUUGUGUAAUGCAUCUUGGAUUGUCUCAUCGCCUUUAAACAGACUUAAGAUUAGAGAUAAAUGUUUUAUUGACGGGUAAAUUAAGUAAGUUGCGACCAAAUUGUUGCCUUUUUGAGAAGAUAGUUGGAAAAAUCAAGAUAUUUCAAAUUUAAGGUAUAAGGUUUACACUGGAUCUACAAGGUCUAUAGAGAAAAUAUGGGUAUUGUUUGUUUGCAUACUUAAAUAUUGUCUCCGAUUCCUAUUAUUCCUGAUUAUGGGAGUUGACAACCUCUUUUAAUUUUCUUUCCUCGAUAAUUCCUCGUCCUUCUACCAUUUUACUCCUCUUAUCCACACCUCUCUUCACAAUCAUGACGAAACGUCCAUCCAUCUUCGUUUGGGUUUUUCUCUCUGUCUCUCUCACAUCUCUCAACACACUCCUCACAGUCAACUCUAUUUCAAUAAAAAUACACAUUAUUACCUUCGCUGUAGCAGCAAACCUUUAUGCUGGGGGUAGCACAGAUUAUAAGGGUAUAUUUUAUUGUAAAUCAAACCAGGUAAAUAGAAAUUCCCCUAGUCUGCAAUUUUGCUGCGGCUGGAUAAUUUUUUAAUUUUAAUGGCAGUGGCACUUGAUUAAAAAGUACUAAAUAAGGGGAAAUCCGUCAAAAUCUCUGCAGUUUUUGGUAUUCUGGGGAUCUAAUUUCUCACUUUCUUACAAAAGGCAUUUAUCUACUACUUUCUGAAUAGACCUUGUAAUUAAUUAUAAAGUGUAAGAUCAAAAAAUUAUGCUGCUAAAAAUGUUGAGCAUUCCAAGGCCAACCUUUUUAAACUAUCAAACAAUCCAAGGUGCAUAUUACAUUUUCUUUAUAAUGUAUAUAUUUUAUGAAAGACUGACUCGCGUUUUCAAAUGGUAACUUUGCUACCAUACCUACUUUUCCUCCUAGUUGGUUUUUUUGAGUACUCGCCCACCCAUAGUUUUUAACGUAUGUUAAUGUGUUAUUGUAUUUUAUUGAAUUUAUACAAUGUUGAAAGUAUUUAUUGUUCUUUGAACAAUUUCUCAAUAUAUCAUAACCAAGACUACUGUGACUGAGACUUUUUUCUAGCAUGACCUCAGUCACAGUCACAGAUAAAAAAAUAGUUAAGCUAAAACUUAUCAUGUCUUUUAAUAAGUGUAACUUGCAUUAAUUUUGUUUUAUACUCAACUGGUUUAGUAUAAUUUGAUUUUAAACUUUUUAAUAUUUACUUCAUGUGUACUUUUAUUUUACAGUUUAAAUCUAUUUAAAUUUAAAAAAUACAUUUUAAUACCAACAUUACACGUUACCUUAUAGUCGUUAUAAGUAAAAUCUUUGUGAGUUAUUCAUUGGAUACACACUAAUGUGUAAUUUGUAUAUAGCUUGAAUAUGCCUUGAAAUAAGCCUUAUGAAAAUAUUCUCAAUUUCUUCUUAGUUUAAGAGCCAAUCACCUAAAUGAUAAAAUAUUUUGGAGUUUUAUCCAUCAAAAGUGUAAUUGUGGGCAAAAAACUAGACCUAGGCGUUUGAGUUCAGUUUGUAGAAUUGUAAAUUUUCACAUAACAGCAUUCUUUUCUUUUCUUGCAUCACUGUCAGUGGCAAUGAGAGGUUAUAAAUAAAUGAAAACAUAAACUCUCUUAGGCCCGAUUUCACCAAACUUUAAAACCACCGUUGAGCCUUGCUCUAACUGCAGUUUGCUCUUAACCGACGAAAUCGGAUUUCACCACUCGCCGUUAGCGCUAGUUUAGACUAAACCGUCGUUAGAUAAUUAACUGCCCAAUUUUGACCGGUUAACUUCUUUAAUCUUUCGUUAAGUAAAUAUCAGCUGGCUUUAAGUUUAAAGUUUAUAUGUAAAGGCGAAAUGAUAGAAGAGAAUACGGUACGAAUUAGCUUUUGAAAGUAAGUGAUGGCAAUGAAGAGUAGCCUAUGUUGUUCGCCUAACUAGGUGGAUAAGAGAAAGGGUUAAUGAUGUUAACACGUUGACUGCGCGCGCCGACUUUACAGGCGCUCCCCAGUGGCGGGCGAAGCCCCGGCGCGCAACCGAAUCAGCGAACGCAAUUGGCAUUCAAAUAUUUCAGUCUGACGAAUCACAAAAGAGCAGUGGUGACUGUGCUGCGUUACCCCGAGAGUGGAUGUAGUUCACUGAAACACCCAAAGGUAGCAGCACUGCAUGGAUCCGUAUCCAGUGUCUUUGUAAUGUGGGUUGAAGAGAAAAAAUCCCCGAAACCGGGACAAAAGCAUUGCCAGACGGGAUUUUACGGGAAAUUUUAGUACCAACCUACACCAAAGUAAAGCUCGCAUUCUAAGCUGGCAGGCUGGCAACGAUUAUAACGUCUCCGUCUGAGGCUAAGCUCACACUGACUCAAUAUAUUACUGUUGGUCUGGUGCCGACUGUAGUCGGCGCGCGCCACCUGGGAGCGCUGGCGACGCCGACUAAAGUCGGCACGCGCAAUCAACGUGUUAAUAACAAAGAUGAAAUUGAUUUUAUUAUUAGAUAUGAACUUUCAAAACGUUUAGCAUUUUCUUUAGGAAAUGAAACCACUGUAGUGGUUUGUGUUUAGGUUAUCCCACAAGGUUUUUAGUAUCAAGGCGUAUAUCUGUGAUCAGCGACCGCAUUGAACUGAUUGGCGAUCAAGAGCCGUACUCUUUUAUCCCGACUAAAAAGAGUGUCCCGGCUCUUCUACUUAUUAUUUUUUUGGCUCUUAAUAAUUCAUUGUUCGAAAAUAGGCUCCCUUUCCUUCUCCCGGCUUUGGGUAACCCUAACCCAACGUUCAAACAAUUAUUGUUUUGCGUUCGGUCAGACGUAAGUAAACCAAAAUCUAAACCUAAAUUGUCAUUAUUCUGCUAGUAUUUUAUAGAAAAUAAUUAUUUUGGUGUUAUCUUUAUUGUGUCUCGUUCUUGUAAUUCUUUUGACUCCAGUUUUUUCACUACUUCAAAUGUACCAAACUGGUUAGUGAACAAACAGAAUAUUGAACAUCCCUGUAAAAAGUUGGAUUUUGAGUCUUGACUCGACCGCAAAACUCAACCAAUUUGCUCCUCGAAUAUGUUUGAUCAACAUUGCUUUGCCUUUAGUUACUUAUGUUAAUUGUUUUGGUAUCUAUUCUUGCUUUCUGUUGUUAUUUUGCUCCAGAAUCUAUUGUAUUCCUGUAAGCUUGCUGUCUCCAGUUUUGUUUUCACUACCUCAUAAACACUGAUUUAUUUUCUAGGUUAUGUUUACUUGCUCCCGUAACAGCCCGGUAUUAUGACAGUUCACUGCCACCGCCAACUGGAUUUUACUCUAAACUCUCGUUUAUAAAACCAGCGUUAGUUUUGACGCGUUUUCGUUGGUGAAACCAGAUUUCCUUAACUGUGGUUUAAAUCAUCGGUUAGUUUUAACCGAAGUUUAACUAAACGAUCGUUAGCGAGAAUUUGGUGAAAUCGGGCCUUAGAAGUUAUGAGUAGUGAUUUUUAAUAAUUAAAACUCUGUAGUAGGUAAAGUAGUGUACGCAACUCGUAUAAAUAGUGCUAACAACACUCCUAUAAGUUUUUAAGGCACUCGCCAAGGCUCGUACCUUAAAUUUUUUACUUGUCUCGUUAACACUAUUUGUACGCAAUCGUUGCGUUAACUACUAUUUCAUCACACUCCGCAAAAAGUCUCUUAUUUUCUUGUUAUUUUGAUAGUGAAACUUAAGCUGGGGUUGAAAAGAGUCACUUUACGGCCUGGGCCUAGUGAUUUUUUAUUACUUUUUUUACUAACUAUUGUGCUAAUUAAUUGUGUCAUUCAGGUUAUUGGCUCUUAACUCUGAGAUUGCUUGGAUAUAAGCACAAAUCCUUUGAGUUUAGGAGAAGUUUUCUAGUCUAUUUAUUUAAAAUGUAAUUUUUAUAAGAAUAAUUAAUCUGUAUCAUAUUGUUUGGUAUAUAAUAUUAUGUACUAAUUUUAUAAAGCUUAUAUUGUAAUAAAACAUUUGAAUGUAUA